UUCCGAGAACUGGGGAGGAGCCGUUCCAGCCAUGAGCCCCUUCGGGAGUCUGCCAGGGGGCGAGUGGCCGGGAGUCCUCCUGCUCGCAGCCCGGGUGCUCCGGAGGGAGAGGUGAGCGCCAGCAGCCGGCGGAGCCAGAGGUGCCGGGAGCCCUGGGCCUGUCAUGGUGGCUGUCUGCAGGCAGCUUGAGGCCCUCCCAGACGGGUUUGCAGCCGAGCCUGUUUCUCUGGUGUGGGAAGAAGAUGGGGAGUUACUUGUCCAUCUCGGCUUACUUCACCUCCAGAGACCCCUUUCGGUGUUCAGAAUGCCAGGAUUCCCUUACCAACUGGUACUAUGAGAAGGACGGGAAGCUCUACUGCCAUAAGGAUUACUGGGGGAAGUUCGGGGAGUUCUGCCACGGGUGCUCUCUGCUGAUGACAGGACCUGUCAUGGUGGCUGGAGAAUUCAAGUACCACCCAGAGUGCUUUGCCUGUGUGAGCUGCAAGGUGAUCAUCGAGGAUGGGGACGCAUACGCUCUGGUGCAGCAUGCCUCACUCUACUGUGGGAAGUGUCACAAUGAUGUGGUGCUGGCACCCAUGUUUGAGAGGCUCUCCACGGAGUCUGUUCAUGACCAGCUGCCCUACUCCGUCACACUCAUCUCCAUGCCAGCCACCACCGAGGGCAGACGUGGCUUCUCUGUGUCUGUGGAGAGUACCUGCUCCAACUAUGCCACCACCGUGCAAGUGAAAGAGGUCAACCGUAUGCACAUCACUCCCAACAAUCGGAAUGCCAUCCACCCUGGUGACCGCAUCUUAGAGAUCAAUGGCACCCCUGUCCGCACGCUCCGCGUGGAGGAGGUAGAAGAUGCGAUUAGCCAGACAAGCCAAACGCUGCAGGUCUUGAUCGAACAUGACCCCGACUCCCAGCACCUGGACCACUUGCGGCUGGAUACGCGACUCUCUCCCCACAUACAGAACGCCGGACAUUCCCACACCCUCAGUACCUUGGACACCAAGGAGAAUCUGGAUGGGACACUGAGGAGACGCUCACUGAGGCGCAGUAACAGUAUCUCUAAGUCCCCCGGCCCCAGCUCUCCAAAAGAACCCCUCCUGCUCAGCCGUGACAUCAGCCGCUCAGAAUCCCUCCGCUGUUCCAGCAGCUACUCACAGCAGAUCUUCCGGCCAUGUGACCUGACCCAUGGGGAGGUCCUGGGGAAGGGCUUCUUUGGGCAGGCCAUCAAGGUGACACACAAAGCCACGGGCAAAGUGAUGGUCAUGAAGGAACUAAUUCGGUGUGAUGAGGAAACACAGAAGACUUUUCUGACUGAGGUGAAGGUAAUGCGUAGCCUGGACCACCCCAAUGUGCUCAAGUUCAUCGGGGUGCUGUACAAGGACAAGAAGCUGAACCUGCUGACAGAGUACAUUGAAGGAGGCACGCUGAAGGACUUCCUGCGCAGUGUGGAUCCCUUCCCCUGGCAGCAGAAGGUCAGGUUCGCCAAAGGCAUUGCUUCCGGAAUGGCCUAUUUGCACUCCAUGUGCAUCAUCCACCGGGACCUGAACUCACACAACUGCCUCAUAAAACUGGACAAGACUGUGGUGGUGGCUGACUUUGGACUGUCCCGGCUCAUCGUGGAGGAGAGGAAAAAGCCACCCGUGGAGAAAGCUAACACCAAGAAACGCACUUUGCGCAAGAAUGACCGCAAGAAGCGCUACACGGUGGUGGGAAACCCUUACUGGAUGGCUCCUGAGAUGCUGAAUGGAAAGAGCUAUGAUGAGACAGUGGAUGUCUUCUCUUUCGGGAUCGUUCUCUGCGAGAUUAUUGGGCAGGUGUAUGCAGAUCCGGACUGCUUGCCACGAACACUGGACUUUGGCCUGAACGUGAAGUUAUUCUGGGAGAAGUUUGUCCCCACAGACUGCCCCCCAGCCUUUUUCCCCCUGGCCGCUAUCUGCUGCAAACUGGAGCCCGAGAGCAGACCAGCAUUCUCAAAACUGGAGGACUCCUUUGAGGCCCUCUCCCUGUACCUGGGGGAGCUGGCCAUCCCUCUGCCCGCUGAGCUGGAGGAGCUGGACCACACUGUGAGCUUGCAGUACGGCCUGACCAGGGACUCGCCCCCAUAACCCCGGCCGAGCCCCCUGCAGGGGGUGUUUCACAACCAGCGUUGCCCCCUCUGCGCCCUGGCCCUGUGGUGGACAGGGCCAUCCGGGCUUUCUGCAGAUUGGAGGCUUGUCUAGAAGAAGUGGGACAAGCCAUCCCUACUACCUCCCCAGGAGGCUGUCGGGCGCAGCGAACAGGGAAACGCAUCUCCACAGGUUUGGGGGCCGGGUUACUCUGUAAAUCCAACACUCACCUGAAAGCUGUGAAGAGGGAAAACAAAACAUUGGCCUGACCCUGGGCCACGAGGAGUCUGUUACUUGGGGACUCCUUGGCCGUGGGACUCGAGGAGGCUCUUGGCACACUACUCAGCGGGACCCAGACCCGGGGGCUGGAGAUCACGGUGAAGCCGUCUGUGAACUCAGCCACCUCCGCCCCACCUAGGGUACAGGAGGACUUGGAGUGGGAGUCUGGACGAGAGGAGGACUGCUGGCUGGCCAGGUGGAUGCCCAGGCUGUGAAAUGACAGUGGUGCUACCUCCCUCCCACACCGAGUCCCCUCAUUCCUGGAGCAGGGUUUGAGGGAGUAGAUUUGAAGAGUCCCUCUGGCAGAUGAAAGGCUGCACUGCUCAUGUCCCGGGUGGUGGCUCUGGCAAGUCCAGGGCGAGGGGACACUUUCGCCACAGGGUCUCGGACUGGAUCGAUCGCUGGAAACUGGCUAAGAAGUUCUGAGCAGCGCCUGGUCUGCCUGCACAGCAGUCACCCAACAGGUGCAGGAGGAGACUGGGGACUGCCACUGUCGCUCAGGCCCUGCUUGGUUCUUGGCCAGAAGCCCAAGUCAUUUUGCCCAAAGUUAGAUGGGUUCUGGAGGACGAUGUGGCUCCUUGGCAGACCAGUGUGUCACUGUGGGAGAAGGGACCUCACCAUCCUUUUGUCCCUGUCUAUGGCAGCCACUGCUCACCAGACCUGAUCCAAGAAGCAGCGUGGGUGGAAGGAGGUGGUGACAGAGAUCGAGAGUUGAGAUGCCAGGGGACAGCCCGCUGGGCUGGGCUAAAUCUGGCUUCUACCUCCCAUGCUGGCUAGCCAGCUUACUUGCUCCUGGCCACAGCUCUUGAAACCCAGUUUUAAGAGCUCGAAAACCCAAGAGGCUCAUUCCGCCUUAGCUUCCAGGGCUCCUGGGACUCUUCAGCACAAGUAGAUUUGUCUCCGCCUAGGUGUCUGUGAACUUGUACCAUAUUUAACAAAUGGGGUUGGGUUGGGGAUAUUACUGCAAUGUGUGGUGAUUGUAUUGGGGGAGGGGGACGGGUAGGAGUGACGCAGAAGAAUGAUUGCUGUUAAUGUUGUUGGGUGACAUGUGAAAUACUGUACAUAGACCUGAGGAGUCGUGGGAUGAGCUAUCAUGUCUGACCAGAAUUUACUUGCUCUGACAGUCCACACUCAUGGGGCAUUUGUGUUAGGACUGGGCUCCCAGCAUUGCAUGGCUGGCUAUGUCUCAGCUAUGCAUAGCAAGUGUGAGAGUUGUGGGCCCAUGCCGGGCCAUUGAUCAGACCAAAUAAAUUAAACAGUUAAC